AUGAAUUUGGCAGUUGAAACUAAUGAAAUUUUAAAUGAAAUUCAAAAUACAUUAAAAACAGUAGUAGAAAUAGUACAAAAGAAUACGAUAAACGAAUAUCAAAUGGUGUUAAUAUUAACAGAAAAGAAAAUAACAUUUUAUAAACAAUAUCCACCUAAUAUAACAGCAUUACAACAAGUAAUAUCGAUAUAUUUAUUAUUUCUUCACAACCCAAUGAUAUCAGAUGUAAUUGUAAAUUCAAUAAAUAAAACUAUUUUACUGUUACCAAAAACAAAAUCAAAUCAAUUAUUUCUUGAACGAUUUCUUUUAUGUUUACUUCCAAUUUCAUUUAAUAAAAAACCACAAGUAAUUCAAAAUAUAGUUCAUUUAAUUAAUAAUAUUCCUCUUAUGCAAAUACUACCUUCAAUAACACCAUUAAUGAAAAGUGAUUUAUCAGCUUCUGAAUGUUUUAUUGAUGUUGUUUUAACAACUAUUUCAAAAGCAAAAACAUAUGAUGAUAUUUCUGUUAUUGAUAACACAAUAAAACAAUUAUUAUUUUAUCUAACACCAUCAACAAAAAAAAGAGCAUCAAAUGAAUUAAGAACAGUAACAUUUAAAAUAUUUCAAGAAAUUAUUGUUAAUCACUAUUCAUUUAAUAUUCUUAAUUCAAUGAAAGAAUUAUUUUUUUAUGACCUUCCAUCAACAUUAUUUAAAUAUCUUCUUUAUCCAAUUAUUUUUAAAGAUUCUUUCUCUCAACAAUCAAUUAUUUUAUUAACUAAAUUAUUUUCUUUGGGGAUUAAAGAUUUAAAAGGUCAAUUUGAAUGUUAUUGGACUUAUUUAUUAAAUGCUUUAGAUUUUGUUCUUCAUGAAAAUGAAGAGGUAAUCAAAUUUCUUACUAUUGAAAGUACUUGUGAAAUUAUUUUUACAUCGUUAUUAACAAUUUCAUCUUUACCUGGUUUUGGAUUACUUUUAUUUAAUAACUAUGAUUGUGAUAUAUUUAGUAGUAAUCUUCUUCAAGACUUUCUUCAAACUUUAAAUUCUGUUGGUUCUUUAAAACCUACUCCAAAAAGUUCUAAAAUUCAAUUAUUUUUUGUUCAACUAUAUAUGCAAAUAUUAAAAAGUCUUAGAUAUAAUACUUCUUCUAAUAAUCAUAUUAAUAUUGAUAUUAUUAAAAAACAAUUUCAUUAUAAACAACUUGUUUUAAAUAUGUUAAAAGAAGAUAUUUCUAUUCCUCAGUACUUUAGCAUUUAUUCUAAAAUAACAUCAGAAACAGAAAAUAUUGCUUCAAUGAUUUAUCAUCUUCCUUUAAUUGAUCGUUCUAAAAUAACAAAAUACCUUUUCGAUAAAAAUAACAAGAGAGAAUGUUCAAUCUUCUUAUUAUUAUGUUGUGGAGAUGAUGUUUUAGAAAGUUUUUUUGAGGUUUUAAGAAGAAUAAAUAUUCCAGAUGAUAUAUUAAUGAGAAAACAAUUAAUAGAAGAUUGUUCACUUCUUUUUGCAAAUAAGCAUGGAGAAACAGAAGAAAGUGUAUUAGAAGAAUAUAAAGAAAUGUUUGGAUUAACAUUAGAAUUAUAUCAAAAAUAUUGGAAUGAUAAAAUGUUUUUAACAACAGAGUCAUUAAAAAGAUAUGCAAAAAGUGUUUCAAGUAAAAUAGUUGAUAAUGGAAUUCAAACUAUUGUAGAUGGAGUUUUUAAAAAUUGUCCAUAUUUUAUUAGUACCACACCACCAAUAAAACCAAUGAGACAUAUUAAAAGAUAUUUAUUUACAAAAGAAAAAUUUUGUAAUACAUGGAAAGAUGAUAAUCAACUUGAAAUUAUUUUAGAAGUAUUUGAAGAAUGGUAUAAUUCAACAUCUAAUGAAUGGCAUAAUUGGGAUGUAACAAUUACCCAAAAUUUAGUUGAUGGAAAUUCAUUGUUGGCAAGUUAUUCAAGAGAAAAUCAAAGAAGUACAUUUAUUCAAAAAAUAUUAUUAUGGGAAAUGAAAGAGUCUGAAAUAUUAGACCAAUAUGAUAUUCUUCUUAAUUCAAUAAAAAGUUUAAAAGCAAUUGUAAGAUUUGCAGAAAUAUUAGUUACAAAUUAUGAAUAUAUUAAUGAAUGGAAAGAUAUUAGUGAAGUAUAUGCUAUUUUAAUUAGUAAUAAUGUAAUAUCACCUAAAGACACUAUAAAAAAUACUAAAAGAAUUAUAGCAAGUGUAUUUAAAAGAAGAAAAACAAUAAAAAGAAAAAUACAAUCAGUUGAUACAAAUAAAUGUGUUCAAAAAAUUAUGAGUGUUAUUCCAUUAAAAUUAAAAGGUGAACAAAUUAAUGGAUUUUUAAUGGCAAUUUUAAAUAAUCUUGUUAAUGAAAAAAAUGAAACAAUGAUUAAUUCUUAUCAUAUCCUUAUUCAACAUAUUGUUUGUCUUAAUAUUAAUAGAUUAGAAAUAUUUUGGGAACAAUUUUUAUUAUCUGUAUUGUCUUUUUGUUUAAAAGAAAAUGGAAUUAAUAAUGGUAAAAUUGUAUUAACUUUUGUAAUGUCAUUAAUUCCUUUUUUCUUUCAAAAAUAUAUUUCAAAACAUACUCUUGUUUCUUCUUUCUUUUUAUUUGUUGCUUGUCUUGAUCAAAAACAUUUUGAAUUAAUAAAAGAUAAAACAAAAAUUAUGUUUGAUCUUUUAUUUAGUUAUGUCUCUUCUAUUGACCAACAAAGUAUUCCUUCCUUUAUUCAAAUGUGUUUAAAAAAAUAUCCUGAAUCUUUUGUUGUUUUAACAAGACCUUUUAUUACAAUUACUGAUCAAAUUACUUUACAAAUUAUUAUUAAGGAUAUGAAAAAUAUUUACGUUGUUAUUGGUACUUUAGAUUAUUUUGAAUUUAGUAUUAUUGUUAUGAGAAGAAUCUUUUCUUUUGCUCCAUUUCCUUUUCAUCCUGCUGUUCCUUUAUUUCAAGAAUUAUGUGAUGUUGUUAAACUUCAAUUUGAUUGUGUUCUUUCUAAAAAAGAAGGUCCUGAAAUUUUUAGACAAUUCUUUACUACUUCUCAAAUGAUUUUUAAAUAUUAUUCAGCUCAUAUCCCAUCUUCUUUUUAUCUUGUAAUGGUAGAUAUUGCUUAUAAAAAAUCAAUAGAAUUUAAAGUCGAUUCACUUCAUAAGAUGUAUUUAUUAACUUUUAUUGUAAGAUUUUUUAUUGAUAAUUUUAAACGAAUAGACUCUAUUCAUAAUGCAUCUACAAUCCCAGAUUUUAUUUCUUUAAUUAUUCAAAUGACAGAUAUUGAUGAUGAGAAUUCAAGAAAAAAUUCUAGUUUAAUGUUAAAAGCAUUCUUUACAAUGCUUAAAAGAUUUUAUCCAGAUAGAAUUGAUUUAUUAAAACAAAUGGAAGAAUUAAAAAAGACUCUUCCAAGUCAAAUUAGUUCAGAAUUAGAUCUAAUUUCUCUUCAUGAUGAUUUUUCUCCUAAUGCUAUAAUGAUAGACGAUGAUAUGUAUGCAUCUACUCCUCGAAGUAGUUUAGAUUUAAAUCGAAAUGAUAUAAAAAAGUCAUAA